CUCUAUCUCUCUCUUCCGGUUUCAGUUUCGUCCCCGCCUCGGGGUGAUAGUGUAUCGUCUCGGCCAAUUCUGCCUCUUGCAGCUUUCUCUCUCUCUCUCUCUCUCGCUCUCUCUCCUGGGUUUAUGGAGGGUUUCUUCUGAUCAAUCCAAGGCCUAAUCUUCUUCCUCCUUUGAGCUUGUGGGUUCAGAUUGGAGAAUGCAGAGAUCAUCUUUUCGGUCACUGGUUCGGCCUCUCUUGGCCAGCCGAGGGUUCUCUACGAGCUCCGACAAGAUCGUCGCUUCCGUGGUUUUUGAGCGAUUGCCCAUUGUUCUUCCCAAAAUCGACCCUGUUGUGUAUGCUUUUCAAGAGUUUUCAUUCAGGUGGGGACAGCAAUAUCGCCGUAGAUACCCAGAUGAGUUUCUGGACUUGGCUAAGUCUAGGGCAAAAGGUGAAUAUCACAUUGAUUAUGUGCCUGCUCCCCGGAUAACAGAGGCCGAUAAGUCAAAUGACAAGAAGUCAUUACAGAGAGCUCUUGACCGGAGACUCUAUCUUCUUGUCUAUGGUAAGGCAUUCGGGGCUCCUGAUGACAAACCCAUCUGGCAUUUCCCUGAAAAAGUAUACGAGUCUGAGGAUACCCUUCGAAAGUGUGCAGAAUCUGCUUUGAAGUCUGUCAUAGGAGACCUCUCGCAUACAUACUUUGUCGGCAAUGCUCCAAUGGGUCACAUGGAUAUACAGCCUUCAGAAAACAUCCCUGAGUUGUCGCCUUACAAGAGGUUUUUCUUCAAAUCCCAAGUAGUUGCAGCAAACAAGUACGACAUAGAUAAGUGUGAGGAUUUCAUGUGGGUGACCAAGGAUGAACUUUUGGAAUGCUUCCCCGACCGAGCCGAAUUCUUAAACAAGAUGAUCAUCAGCUGAGUUCAGCGUUGACACUCAUUAUUAAAGCCCUCUCGGUCGUAUCCAUGUAUCACUUUCUUUUCAUUUCGUAUAAAUUAUCGACUUUUUUCCUUCGGACAAGGUUAGAGACUAGGAGGGGUGAGAAUAAUGGCAUUGUUUCAACCAUUUCCGUAUCAUAUUUCUAUGUC